UCCUCAUUCACUUCGCCUAUCUUCCAGUUCCACGCCACACAUCACACCUCGCCUCGCCGCCGCCGCGCACCCAAAGCCUCGCCGGCGGGGACGGGAGCACCUCAGAUAGGCUCUCUCGCCGUCACUCGCUUCUCCUCCGGUUGACCGCCUCCUCUCCCCACGGCGAUGGCGGACGGCUCCAGGGACAUCAGCAGGCGGCUUAAUCCAGCGGACAAGCUCACGGAAGACCUCCUCAUCGAGAUCCUGUCGCGCGUGCCGUACAAGUCGCUGUGCCGGUUCAAGUGCGUCUCCAAGCAGUGGCGCGGCAUCAUCUCCCACCCCGACCACCGCAAGGCGCUGCCGCAGUUCCAUCUCCAUGACCUCGCCGGAUUCCUUUACUCGAGCCGCGACCGCAGCGUUGGCCAUUUUUCAUUACUUCGCAAUUUCGCCCAUGUCUCGGCGGGAGGCCGCCCUCGUAUCCGCCCUUCACUCCCCUUCCUGCCUGACUGCGAGCUAUUCAACCUUCUGGACAGCUGCAACGGCCUACUCCUCUGCCGCCGCUUCGAGACCUUUGGUUCGGGGGCAUUUGAUUACGUGGUGUGCAAUCCUGCCACGGAGAAAUGGGUCGCCUUGCCCGGCUUCUUCAGCAAGAUGCAGACAGCUCGCUUGGGGUUCGACUCGGCCGUCUCCUCGCACUUCCAUGUGUUCCAGUUCAUGGAGGACGGGGCUGCAGAUGCAAAUGCAGAUACAGAGGACGACGACGACGAUGAUAGUGAUGGCCACGUCAAAGGGGUUGAGAUCUACUCAUCCAAAACCGGGGUCUGGAGUCACAAGGACAACGGUUGGGGCUUUGCUAGGAUAGUGAGCGAUUCUAAAAGUGCCUUUGUCAAUGGUUUUCUGCAUUUGCUCGCUGUCGAGUCUGCGGUGCUGGCAGUGGAUGUGGAGGGAACUACUUGGAGGGUUAUUCCUAUGCCAGACGAUGAGGAUGCUCUCAUAAUAGAUGUUGAUUACGGGUUCAUUGAUUUGUCUCGAGGGCGUUUGUAUUUGGCAAAUAGUGAUCAGCAUGAUCCUUAUAAACUGUCGAUCUGGGUUCUCGAGGACUACACCAGUGAAGUGUGGGUCUUGGAGCACGGUGUCAAGUAUUUGAAUCUAUUUGGAGUGAAGAAUGUCCAGCUGGGACACGAGUACCAUAUUGUCGCCCUCCACCCACAACAAAACACGAUUUUCUUGGUUUAUGGUCAUGACAAAGUACUGAUGUCUUAUGAAAUGGAUAGUGGGAAAGUGCAGUUCAUCCACGAUCUUGGACAUGAUUCCCUGGAGCCUUAUCUUCCUUAUGUUCCCUUGUACUCAGAGGCAUUGGCAGAUUGGCACUGAUAGUCUGGCUUGCAUAUCACUGUUCUAUUCUUGACCUUUUAGAUAAUGGUGAAUCAUAGGUCCCAAGUAACAUCAGCAGAUAUUUGGUUAAAUCUUUCUGAUGUUGCGUUGCUUCUCUUCUAUUGCCGAGUGUACUCUUUAACCUCAUUUUUGCACUUUAUGAGGUUAUCUGUUCCAGUUAAUUUGGUAACACUUGCUAUGUGUACAGGUUGCCAGCAGCAACUGCUGCAACAGCAUUUACUGUUUAACUUUGUGGGGGCUGUCAUUAAUUUGUAUCAUGAUGUUUGUGAUUUCCAGAUUAUUGUGUUGGGCUGUUGGCGCAUGCCUUCUUUUACAAUGAUUGUACUAUCUGUGUUCUAUAUGUUGACACUUUUUGUGCAUUCAAACUAUGUAAUCUUACGUGUAGUAAAACAUG